AUGUUCGUCUCUCAAUUGACCCAGCUCGCUUCACAGAAUGAUUUAUCUCAGGUAGAAGGUACGCCAGAUGCCCCAAAGGUAUCUGCCGACGAUUCUGCGCCACCAAAUGGAGGACUUCGUGCGUGGCUCCAGGUACUAGGCUCGUUUUUCCUUUUCUUCAACACCUGGGGGAUUAUCAACUCGUACGGGGUCUUCCAAACUUAUUACGAGCAGAGUCUCCUUCAAGGGACCAAUGCUUCUACCAUUUCCUGGAUCGGCUCAUUACAAUCAUUUCUCAUUAUGUUUCUCGGUGUCUUAACUGGACCUAUCUAUGAUGCGGGUCACACAUUGUCUCUUUUGUACAUCGGGUCCUUCCUGGUCGUCUUGGGCCACAUGAUGCUCAGUUUGUGCGAGAAAGUCUGGCAGGUUUUCCUGGCCCAGUCGAUUUGCGUUGGCAUCGGUGCUGGCUUGCUUUUCGUCCCCAGCAUCGCAAUCCUGUCAGCUUAUUUUACCACCAAGCUUCCAUUCGCCGUCAGCAUUGCCGCAUGCGGAUCAAGCAUAGGUGGUGUGGUUUACCCAAUUGUCAUUCGUGAUUUAAUUUCAAGGCUUGGAUUUGCGUGGUCGGUACGUAUCGCGGGUUUCCUGGCCCUCUUCGGACUCACCCUAUCUUGCUUGGUUAUGAGAGUCCGUACCUUGCCUGCAACCCGCCGCAAGCUGGUGGACUGGACCUCCUUUCGAGACAUUCCGUACAUCUUGUUCAAUAUAGGGAUGUUCCUCUGCUUUAUGGGACUUUACACCCCAUACUUUUACGUCCAGUCUAUUGCCAAUCAGAACCACACGGUCUCCGCUGGUUUGGUAUUCUAUCUUCUCCCAAUAAUCAAUGCGUCCUCCACUCUCGGACGUCUGGUUCCGGGUUACCUUUCUCAAAUCAUGGGAUCUUUCAACAUCAUAGUACCAUGCUCUGUCAUAUCUGGUGCUCUGAUUCUUUGCCUACUCGCGGUGCACUCUCAGGGGGCUUUGUUGGCAUUUUGUGUUCUGUACGGGUGCUUCUCGGGGUCCCUUGUUUCGUUAUCAGGCCCGGUCCUGGUUUGCCUUUCCCCACACGUUGGUGUGAUAGGUACGCGCAUGGGAAUGUGCUUUACUAUUUUGAGCAUUGCAUUAUUGAUUGGGACUCCUAUAUCCGGUGCCAUUCUGGAUGCGUCGGGUGCCAACUCGACUUGGAUAUUCAGUGGGUGUUUGACAUUGGCCGGAGGUAUUGUACUUGGCAUCGCUCGAAUGACCAAGACGUCUUGGAGGGCGUUUACUAAGGUUUAA